AUGAGCCUGGUGAUGAACGGUGAACCGCUGCAGAAGAUAAACUUCUUCCGUUGGGUCGACUGGAUGGAUACGAUCAACGGGAUCAAUCUGUUCGAAAGCCACCGGUUUGGUCGAUACUUUCGGCGCGCGUUUUAUGUCCUGCAGCUGGCACAACUCCUAGUCGCCUAUAACCUCGUCGUCAGUUGCCUCCAGAACACCACACUGGAGGAGUUCGCCAAGCGCUUCAACGAAUUCGGUGGCAUUCUGCUGACCUUCUCGCGUCUGCUCGUCAUCAAUCACCACAAACAUGACCUCCGGCAAACGGCAAACUUCAUCAACGUGUCCGCAUUCCAUGGACUUAACGAGCGUGCCAGCGCCAUACGCCACCGGACCGUGGCCAAUGCUCGCAAGUUCCUUUCGACGCUUCUGCUCGUGCAGAUCGUGACGCUGGCGUUUUGGUUCCUGCUAGCCGAGUACCAGGCACGCAAACAGAAUGUACUGCUACCUAUGCUCACGUACCUUCCGUUCGGAGAUUCCGACCAGUGGCCUGAGGCAGCCAAGUUUGCGUUCCGGCUGUACUUCUACCUAGCGAACACUCAGCUAUUGUUCACCUUCUUCGGUAGCUACGUGAUCACGAGCUGCUACCUCCUGGCGCUCACCAUCGAGCUGCGCAUCCUGAACGAUUCUUACAUCGGUGCUCCGUCGGAAUCGGGCGUCGCGCUCGUCGCUUUCCUAAAAGAACGAUCGAUCUAUAAGAGUGCCCUGCACCAGCACAUCACCAUCGUCAAGCGCCUAAUGAACGGUGGAGUGCUGCUCGAGCUCGUCUUCAUCGUGUGUCUCCUGACGAUCAAUGGGUUAAGGUUGUGCACCAUGACGAGCGAUUGGAUCGAGGUGGCCCUCUCGAGCAGCAUGAUUUUGAUCUACCUUUUCGAGUUGUUCCAGUACUGCUGGCAGGUCGAUGAGAUGGAACUGCUGCACAAGCAGCACUCGUUCGCCGUCUACUCCACACCGUGGACCGGGGGUCGGUCGUUGCGGUCGAUCAAGGCACUGAUGCUCAUCACGAUUCCGGCCUCACAGAAACCGCUCGGUUUUAAGUGUGGCGGCAUGUAUCAGCUUUCGUCCGUACUGUUUGCCUCCAUGUUGCAGUUCAUCUACUCGCUGCUGAUGAUGCUGCUACAGUUCAAGUGA